ACAUACUUUUGGGUAAUUUACAAAAAAUCGUUCAAUAUUUGGAGAAAACAAUUUUGGAUGAUUCAUGUUUAUUCAUCAGCUGAGGAAGUAGCCAUUUUGGAAGAUUUGCCCGGCGUCGGUAGGUGGGUGUUGCUUGUACCGUCAACAAGAAGAUUCUGUCGCCGUUAAUAUGGAUGAAAAAUAUGACGCCAUCGUCCUCGGGACUGGAUUAAAGGAAUGUAUUCUUAGUGGCAUGCUGUCUGUCACUGGAAAGAAGGUCUUGCAUAUGGACAGAAACCCAUAUUAUGGUGGCGAAAGUGCAUCCUUGACACCCUUAGACUUGGUUUUUAAACAUUUUGGAAAAGAGCCACCCAAGGGGGAUGAUGUAUAUGGACGUGGACGAGACUGGAAUGUUGACAUAAUUCCCAAGUUUUUGAUGGCCAAUGGGCAAUUGGUGCAAUUGUUGAUCUCCACGGGUGUGACUCGCUACCUGGAGUUCAAGUCUGUUGAAGGCAGUUACGUCUAUAAAAGAGAUGGAAAAAUCCACAAGGUCCCAGCUGAUGAAAAAGAGGCUCUGGCAUCAUCUUUGAUGGGAAUGUUUGAGAAGAGGCGCUUUCGAAAGUUCCUGCAGUUUGUACAGGAAUUUGAUGAAAAUGACCCAGCCAAAUGGCAGGGUGUUGACCCUAAUGCUAUGCCUGCUUAUAAACUGUAUGAAAAGUUUUCAUUGGAUGAAAACACACAGGAUGUCACUGGCCAUGCCCUUGCUUUGUACCUGAAUGAUAAGUAUAUGAACAACCCUUGUAAGGAGCUGAUCAGCAGGUGCAAGCUUUACAGUGACUCCCUUAGUCGCUAUGGUAAAUCUCCAUACCUUUAUCCUUUAUACGGGCUUGGUGAGCUGCCACAAGGUUUUGCAAGGCUGAGUGCAAUCUACGGGGGAACUUACAUGCUGGAUAAGCCCAACUUAAAGAUUAGAUAUGAUGAACAAGGAAAGGUGGUUGGAGUGGAGGAUGAUAAAGGUGAUAUGGCCAGAUGUGAUGUACUUGUGUGUGACCCUACAUAUGUGCCAGAGAAGUGCAAAAGCAUUGGAAAAGUGGUGCGUGCCAUUUGCAUCUUGGACCACCCAAUUCCAAACACAAAGGAUGCACCGUCUGUGCAAAUUAUCAUUCCUCAGAACCAAGUUAAUAGAAAGGAUGACAUCUAUGUGUGUGUGGUCUCAAAUACACACCAAGUUUGUCCUAAAGGCUUCUACCUUGCAAUUGUAAGCACAACUGUGGAAACAAGCAGCCCUGAACAAGAACUCAAACCAGGUCUUGAUUUACUGGGACCAAUCUUGGAGAAAUUUGUGAGUGUGUCUGACCUUUACGAACCUGAUGAUGAUGGAAAGGAGAGCAGAGUCUUUAUUACGAAGUCAUAUGAUGCUACUACACACUUUGAAACCACGUGUAUUGACGUUCUUCAGACCUAUCGCCGGAUAACUGGUGAAAACUUUGACCCAUCAAAAAUCCAGAGGCAGUCAGAAGAUGGUUGCCAACAGGAGCAACAGGAGCAGUAGUGGGGUUGUGGAAAGAAUUCUUGAAAUCUUGACAACAAUUUUUGCACAUUGCUGUUGGUUGCCACCUUUUUUUUUUUAACCAAGUCAAUCAUAAUUGCCUGUUCUCUCUAACUCUGCCUUUUAAUUCUCUGUCCAUUUUUUUGCUCUGCUCACCUCUCCCACUCUCCAUCACUUUCUUUUCCCUUGACUUUUUUUUCCAGGCAAGUUGACACAUCAUGCAUUUAUGUGGCAGACAUGCUUCAUUAAACAUGUGUUUGUGAUGAUUCAAUAUUUCAAUGGCAGUGAUAUUGAUGCAUGCUGCUGUACAAAUGUCUUUUAACAGACUUUAGUGUUGACAUCAUAUGGAUGUGUUGAACGUCUUUGAGGGCUUAUUUUCCAGAAGUAGACACAUUGCUCAUGCCUAUUGACUCAUUUAGUGUGACAUAUUUCUUGUACGUAAAACCCUGCAAUCCUGAUGUUUUUUGUAGUCUAUAUGAUAAAGGGUGUUACAGCUGAUUUUUUUUUUUUGGAAAUACCUUGAAUGGUUUUCCAAGUGACUGAUAAGGAAUACUUUAAAUUUUGUGUCACAUUUAACAUUUAUUUUCAAAUUGAUCAUUAGGGCAUAUUUGACAAGAUUUUUAUUUUACUAAUUAGUGCAUAAUCUUGUAAGUCUGAAAGCUUCAAAUUGCAUAAAAAAGGUGUCUUGAUAAAACAGUCUUAAAUAGUUUAUUGAGUUUUUCAAUAUGCAUCAAAAUAUUUGUAAUUCAUUACAUAAGUGGACAUGAGGAAUAUAUAGCUAAAUAUUAAAGGUUUCCAUCUCCGAAACAUUUCUGCUGCUGCUAUAGUUCCUGUGUCUUUCUAUUACAAAAUCACAGAGUUUGUUUAGCAAUUGAUAACUUUUAUUACUGUUGUAUGUGCACCUAUGACAUUGGGAAAUGUAUUUUGACUCUACUGAAAAAUUGUUUUGGACAACUCGAGCUGUUUAGAAAUAAAUAGAUAUGAUCAAUACUAGUUUAAGCUAUUUGCAGCUACUGCUCAUCCUAUAGCAUUAUAUUUUCCUCCAUGUAGAACUGGAUUUUUUUUCACCUGCAAUUUCAGAUCUAUUGUGAGGUGUCACAAUUGAAGGAUAAUAAAAAUAAACUUAUCUUCUUUGUGUUGCUUUUUAUGUGAGUUUUCUUUAAUUUUCAUAAACAUAAAAUAUAUUAACAAGUAUAUUUUGUUAGUUAUUAGUUAUUUCUGGAAUAUAAACAACUAAAUAGAACAUAAGUAAUGCUUUAAAAAAAUGCUUUUUAAUUCUAGCAUGUUGGAUAUGAAUGCAGUGAAAGCUACCCUUGAAGCUUUAAAAAUGUAACGUAGACUGAUUCAGUUUCAGACAGUCAGAAUUGCAUUCUUUUAGCCUGUGACUGAUUCUAUUAGACUGAAGCACGUCGAUCUAGAUAAAGCAUACAAGGGAAGUAAGGGAGGGAUGUUUAUAUAGUCUGAUACUAUUUAUUCACCAGGCCUGCUUUAUCACCAGUACUUGAAUAUAGAUGCUUAUUAAGUACAAGCUUUGCUUGCAUGAAUUAUAACGUGACUGUGAAUGUUGUUUCACAUCAAACAAUAGAAAAUAAAAUUGUUGGUAUAGUUAAACUGCCCAUUGUCAAUCAUGGCGCCCUUCUGAUAGGGAAAAUGAGCAUUGGGGACGUGAUGGAUAUUAUAAAACUGAAUUUUCUUAGGCGUCACAUUGAGCUAGUCAUAAGUUGUCUGAAAUUAUUGGAAUGAACCGAGGGAUGCUGGCAAUAUUUUCAUUACAUACAUAGAACAUCCUUUUAUUUCUUAUUUCAAUCUUAAUGACUGCAAGUAGAAUGGCACCAAAAUGUCAAACAUUAAAGUUUUGUUAACAUUCCAGAAACCUGACCAUCUUAUUCAUUUAUAUGCUUUGUUUUUUUUUGUUUUUUUUAAAAUGCCUGAAUAGAGGCGGUGAUCUUGAAGAAUUUGUUUGACUAAAUGCUAAUUUCUGGAGCUUUUGAUGGAAACUGGCUGUGGUUUUGACGGUUAUGGGAUUAGAAGUAAAACUGCUUGAUAUUUUUCUUCUCUGUGCAGUAUUAAUUGUGUAUGUUGUGGUAGGGAAAUGAACAAAUGAAAAAAGUCCUCUUACCC